GUAGAAUUUUCUGUGCUCAUUCCUACCAAGUAGUUCAGUUGAAAAGGUGAAGAAAUUUCUUUGAGGUACAAUGUUGUUCUUUGUGAAGAGAAAAUUAUCUUCGGCAGUUGGAAAUCGGCAGUUGGACAUCUGCGCGUUUACCCUAGGAUAAACUCCACUUGAUACCAGUUGACACCGGAGGCUAGUACAACUCAUCAACAAAAGAUGCGAUUGUCCAAACCAACCAUACAAGGCUAUGAAGCUCAGGGCCCGAUAGAAGAGGCAAGCAACAAUGUGGAAAUCUCCGAUGCGCCGACUGGUUACGAUAAUAUGCAGGACUUGAACAUUUCGCUGGGUUGUACUGCCGUGCCUAUUUCAUUCCCGCCUGACAGUAAUAUUAUGCAGGAGAUGGAGGCAUUACUAGCCCACGCUCCAAACGCCUGGGGUACACUAGCGGGGCAUGGAGACCUGGGCUUGGCUGCAGGGGAUGAAGAGCUGAUGCCAGUGAUGGAUUUGCUAGACGAAUGGCUACAAGCCGAAAGUCCGGGAAGUGAAAUGACUAGCCCAGCAGUUGAUCAAGUGCCAGUAAGCUCAACAGCUUCCAACAUGACUUCUUCCGGCAGUGCUCAUGCUGAGUCUGCCACUGCGGACAAACAACAGCAGGAGCAAGGUACCGUCUCAGACCAUCCGUUUCCUGGUAUUCCAGCGAAUGUGAAUGCACAUGGUUCCGAUUCCACCGGGCCACCAUCACUGCCAGGACCUGACCAUAUGCAAACUCCCCGCAAUCACGAGCAAGGGAUGAAUGGAGGUGUUAACGUCGUGACGUCAUCACUGCAUGCUACGUCACUACCAAUGAAGGAGCGGCCUUUUGCGUGUGGUCAUGAAGGAAUACCGGGAAAUGUGAAUGCUCAUGGUUCCGAUUCCACCGGGCCACCAUCACUGCUAGGUCCUGACCAUAUACAAACUCCCCACAAUCACGAGCAAGGGAUGAAUGGAGGUGUUAACGUCGUGACGUCAUCACUGCUUCCUACGUCACCACUAAUGAAGAAGCGGCCCUUUGCGUGUGGUCAUGAAGGCUGCAGUCGCCGCUUCCCACGCGAAGACGAGCUGAACCGCCACACACGUACGCAUACAGGCGAAAAGCGGUUUCAAUGCGAAAUUUGCAAUACAUGGUUUUCAAGGAAGGACAACCUCACGACACACUUCCGCACACAUACCGGGGAGAAGCCUUAUCAUUGUCCGCAUUGCCCUAGGGAGUUUGCCCGGUCUGACCAAAGGCUUCGCCAUAUGAAAAAAGUUCACAAAUUGCUAGAGUCAAGCGAAGCAUUAGGAGUGCAGCACGGACACUCACCAGGUCUCGGUGGUACGCCUUUGGCUACAAACAUGGUGAGCUUGGCAUCACUGCCCGCACUGAGUACAGCCAGCCAGUUCUCUGCCACAGCAACUCCGCCGGCUAGUAGUGCAGCCUCCGCUAGACCUUUUAAUGGGACUGCUGCAUCGAUGGGCGCCGCCGCCGCCGCCGCCGCGACACAGCAUCAUAAUUAUUCCAUGGGUGUCUAAUCCACGGUAAACGUACGGCAGCCGCAGGAGGAACAUCAUUUGCAGCAGCAGCCACAAGGCCAGCAGCACCAGUACCAUCAGCAUCUGGCUCCAGAUGUGGUUCCAGAACCAGAGCAGGGUACUGGCAUGAUUGGUCAAGCGGACAUUCCUCGUGGAUAACUUCGGCUCAGUAUCCAAAACAUCGUCUAGUCCCAAAAGGACAACAUAUGCUGCGUUGUGCACUGGUCUGGACUGGCAUGCUAUUGCCAAUGUAGUGUAUAUUUAGUGUAUGUGUAUGUGUAUGUGAGAAAAGGGAGAGAGAGUGUGGGUGUAUGUGGGUGUAAUGGUGUGGGCAUGUGUGGAUUUGGCAUUUAAAAGUCCCCAGCUCUAUUCUAUAUCAUUCGCGCUGGAACUGCUGCUGCAUAGCCCCAAGUCUGAAGACUUGGCAACUUUACGCCCAAUCUCUCUCUUCCCCGUUGUAUCGUUCCCUCACACCGGUGAAAAAAUUAAAAAAACUAAUGUUGUGUGGAUGUGUGUGCGACCCACUCUCUUUUUCAUUGCCAAGUCACCUAGGAGUGAAACAUUUCUUCGUACUGAAUGUAAAGCUGUGUAAAUACAGGUGAUCGUCUCUGCUGCUGAUGUUGCUGCUAGCCUUUUUAGCGUGACUCUGUUUCCGCUGCUGUGCUAAUGUUGUUGAUAAAACUCAAUUAUUUUUGUUUGCUCCUGUUUUGGGCUUUGGAUGAUCCGUAUAUCAUGAUACCAUACGCGUUGUUGUCAUUCAUUCAAUUCUUCAUAUCAACUGUAUUGCACCGUCUAGAGCCGUUUCAGCCAAAGGUUUUGUCUGGCACCUUUGAA